AUGGCCGACACGGCAAUCGAGCGCCUGCGUACAGGAAAGCAAGCCGUAGCCGUCACAGAAGUAGAGCACCACUUGGCGGAUCUUCUCGGACCUACAUUCUCCGUUCGCGAACUCAAGUUGGACACACCCAAGCCGAAGAAGGUCGCCCCAAGCGGCAGGAAGAGAUUCACGGAGGAACAGCUAGCUCGUAUCCCACACGGUGACACACGAUGGCCAGCGUCUGGAGAAGAAUGGAGCACGCCGCUGAUCUUGAGAUACAAGGAUCAAGGUAAACACGCCGAUGUGCUGUACCACCUGAUACACCAGAACAACGCCCCCGAAGCCAGGGAAUGGCUACAACAAAUUGAAAUCACGACCGCCGAGGCGAUGGACAGGCUGCCGGGGAAAACAUUACCAAUGGCCAGGAUCAUGAACGCGUUGAAUAAGAAGAAAUUGAGACCGCUUUCGGACGGGAAGAGGGGCAAGAUAUGGCUGUUGGACGAGUUUAGCGAGGCGGUCUGGGGAAGCAUGAAGCUUUUGAUGGCGGAGAUGGGGGCGAUUAGGAUGAUGUCUGAGUGGGAGAUCUUUGAGGCGUUUGGGCUUUGCAUCAAGGAGAACAAUGGGGAUAUUUUGUUGAUCAGCCGGAAGUUUGAUGAGAAUUCGAGAGGGUCAGGUUGA